AAAAAAAUAAUCAAAAAGGUGGGCGAAGAAAGAAGACUCAUAAUAAUAUCCGGACAUUCUGACCUCUUGGGAAGUUCCAUUUCCGAGACCUUCCAAGCUAUUUUAGCAUUACCAAAACUGCAAAGCUCAAUCUGAAAAUAAUUUUCAUAGAUUCCGCAGCUCCCAAGAUUUCGAUCGAUGGUAGAUUUGUGAAUUUUGGUGAACUGUGUAUAUUUCUGCAAUUUUUUUAAUAGUCGUCAUCGAUACCUUCUGCUUUGGGCUUCUGUGUGUAAAAUAUUUGCUGUUGAAGAAGCCUUUCUGUGCUUUCAAUUCAAUAAAAUAUAAAACCCCAAGCGUUUUUUAUUCUUUGUUUUUUUGCUUUUGGUUUCCGUUAAAUUGGCUAGACCUCUGGAAGCUGCUAUUAUUAGUGGUGUUAUUUUGCAUGUUGUGGGGGCAGAGUUAGCAGAGGAAGAAACAAACAAAUACACAUACAUGGGCAAGCAGGGUCCUUGCUAUCAUUGUGGGAUAACCUACACUCCCCUAUGGCGAAAUGGACCUCCAGAGAAGCCAGUGCUAUGCAAUGCAUGUGGAUCUAGAUGGAGAACAAAGGGUACACUAGCAAAUUAUACACCGUUGCAUGCUAGGGCCUUUGAAUCCACAGAUUCUUCAGAGUAUAGAAGUGCUCGUGGUAAAAAAGCAUCACAGACUCCAAAACAACAGAGAUCUCACAAAAGAAAGGAAUUUGGUCAAGAUGUUGAGUUUGGAAUUUUUGGGUCAGAGCCACAUUAUGCAAUAGGAUUUGAUGAGGAUACUAGUAACAGAUCAAGCUCUGGGUCAGGAAUAUCAUAUUCUGAAGGGUGCAUUCAGUAUGGGGGUACAGCUGGAAUUGAUAGUGAAGGUUCUGUGCACACUCCUGUGUGGGAUUCACCCAUUCCUUCAAGAAAGCGUACAUGCAUGUAUCGUAAAAGACCUUCUUCAGUUGAAAAACUUACCAAAGGCCUUCGUUAUAUAUUGCAUGAACAAGAUACAUCUUAUCUACCAUUGGGUUCAGAGGAUCUUCUCUUUGCAUGUAAAACUCCAAUGGUUGCUGCUGAGAUAGGACUUGGCAGUGUGCUUAUUAGGCAACCAAAAUCAACAAUGUGCGAAGAGGAGUCAGAGGCAAGUUCACUUUUGGUAGAAAAUAAGUAUAAUAGAUUUGGUUUUGUAACUCAGGCUGAUUCUCAGGUAUUAGCCUCCUCCACACAGCUUCAGAAUGAGGAUGGCUCUUUACUUGGUAGAGAGAAGGAAAAGCUGAAGUAUAGAAUGGAUAUUGAAGAAGUGUUUCAGGAGCAUUCAGAUAAUUUUUUAAUGCCCAAUGGACUUUUGGACAAUUUCUCUUACAGCAAAUAUGAACUGCAAAGUUGUCAUUCACCACUGAUUUUUGUGGAACUGAAAGAUAUAAUAAAUUUUGACUCAUUUAUGGAAAUUUUGACGGCACAAGAUCGAACAAACUUAAUGAAGUAUGUCUCUUCAGUGGAUGCUGCCAAAGUUCCAGAAAGCUUACAGUGCAUGUUUAACAGUCUCCAAUUUGAAGAGGCUUUAACCAACUUUCAGGACCUACUUUCUGAAGGCAUCUUUGACAUGUACACAUCGGGAUUAAACCCUCAAGUACAGCAGAUUGUGAAAAAACUGAUACUCACAGAUCUGACAAAAUCUAAAUGGAUAGAAAGAUAUUCCCAGUUGCCAAACCGUAGUAAGCGUAAAAGAGUUCUAUGUUCCACAAAAGUUAUACAGAGUAAAGAAACAUUGAAGACAAAGGGGUCAAGUUUACAUUCCAGAUGUGGAAUGCAUCCAACAGUCAAGAAUUCUUUGGGGUCGCAACCUUGUAAAGCUGUUACAGGAUCAGAUAAUAGUGUGAAGAGCCCUGGGAACAGGCAAAGAAUUCGAAAUCCAUAUCAUGAGAACAUGCAGACAGGAUAUACCUCCAAGAGUCCCAUGGAAUUUGAUGUUGAACCAAAGACCGAGUUUUGCUUUAGUCCUAGUAGCCUAUUUGCAUCACCUAUAGGAAGGAGUUCUAUUCUGCUAGAUUCCAUGGGAACCCUUGGCAGUGAAAGCUUUGAACAGGAUUUGCUCUUGGAUGUUCCUUCAAACGUGUCCCUUCAACAGGCUGAGCUUUUGCACAAACCUGAUUGGAAAUGCAAAGACUACAAGGAUUCCUUGAGCGAUGCUGACAAGCUUGAGAAUCCAAACAUUGUGGAAGAAAUGGUUAAUAAUAUGUGGGGUUCAGAAGAAAGUUUAGAAUGGAAUGGCCUUUUCUGGAAUGCUCCUAAUAUCCAACCUGACGAAACACUGCCCAAUGGAGCUGCUUUGUACCCUGGGAAACAACUUCCCUGAUUGUAUGCAGCCUGUGUAUCUUGUGUGUAAUUUGCUAGUUCUUUGUUAUUUUUUUUCUUUUUGUUUCUGUUUUUUCUAAAUUCUUUGAACUUAAGUUUUAGUUUUCCACCUUGGGCUACAUUGAGGGGUGAAUGUGUUUGUUGAGAUGCAGUCAAGAGUGUAUGAUAACAGGUGUAGAUCCUUGUGCAAAUGAUACUGCUGAGUAGCAAGUGUUUCUGAAACAUUUGAGUGCUGAUAAGUGAAAUAAAAGUGCAAUUUCAUAGCACGUAACACUGCUUGUUGGAGGUGAAUCUCAUACAGGCUAUAUUUGAUUCAAUUAAUGAAGUUUUGACUUUAAGUCCUAUGACCCUCUAGAGGUUCAGGCCACCAGACUUUUGUCUUGUGAGACAUCAUUGUAUUUAUAAUUGAGUAAUUAAAUUAGUAUUUUCUUUUUGUAUUGAAA